UCUUAAAGCUAGUCAACAAAAGCCGGCAAUAUUGAAACUUGUUUUACCUUUGAAACUUCAUCGAUUAGGGUAUACUUAUUGGGGAAUCUGAUUUCAAGGAUCGGGAUUUUAACAAAUUUCUUUAAAAUAUGACAUCUUUCCAAAGAAUAGUAAUUCCGAAAAGCUUCAAAGAAUUUCAGGUUCCCUCAGAGAGUAUAUACAAUUUGGCGUCAGGUUCUGUAGAAAUUCAAAAACGGCCUCCAAGAUAUCACUCAAAAUAUACUUCUUCUACUAAGAAAUUUUAUGAAUCUGUUAAAAAGCCCCAUCAAACAAUGGGUAAUGCAAAGACUCCUCUUGCAAAACCUAAAGAAUAUCUUAAGAAGCAUAGCAGAGAUACAAGCAAGCCAGAAAUUAAGCCAUUAACUUUGGAAAAGGAACACAAAAAACCUCCAGUUCCCAAAUCUGAUGACCCUCCGCCUAUGAUGCACGAGAAAGUACAAAAGAAUUUCAUUAAAAUGAACAUUCUGAACGUUAUGAGGAAACCUGCGUUAAAACCAGCAAGAAAAAUAGUGGAUACUAAAAGAGGGGAUUGCUUCUUAAUAGAACUUUCAGGACUGGUGCCAAAGUACUGCAUGAAAAAGGAAUUCGGAGAAACUCCCGGAUAUCUUGUUAAGCGUAGAAAAGAUAUUGAAUACUCGAAUGAAAUGUUGCAGAAGUCAUCUGAAGAAGAACAAUUAAGAAAAUUGAGCGAAGAGGAAAAAGACACCCUUAUUGAAGGUCUUCGAGCAAACUGGGAAGAACUCAACAAAAGGUACUUAUCUCUGCCUCUUGCUAUUGAUACAAAUGUAUUAAAGAGCCGCAAAUUAGACCUGGAAAAGAAACUCGAUCUUUUAGAACAUGAUAUUUAUUUCUUAGAAAAGAAUAAGGAUAUUGAUAUAUUUGUAGUACCUCAUUAAUUGUAAGCAAAGAUCAAAACAUUCGAGUAUCUAUCACAUAAUUGUCGAUCGGAAAUACUAUAUAGUGAAUCACCCAAUCUUUCCAGACAUAUAAUAAAUUUGUAUAUUUUGU